CACACACGCACGCACGCACACACAGAGACAAGCAAUGCCCCUCACCGGUGCCCCCGCUUCAUCAGCGCCGCAAUGGCCGGUGGAGUCGUGCUACUACACGACCGACCUGCUGCUGGUCUUGACGAAGAACUCCCUGUCGCACUUUGCCGAACUCUUCGCCGAAGAGUCCCUGGAAAGCCCGGCCCCCGGGCGGCCGAUCCUCCCAUCGCACUCGGACUUUCGCGAGCGCCUGGCCGGCGCCCUCAGCGGUCACCAAUCCCCCCCGGUCAUCUGCGGAAGCGUGGCCGCUCGCCCGGGCCCUGGUGUAAGCCCCUCGGCGGCGUCCACCACCGCCGCCACCCGCGCCGCCGCUCCCGGGGACACCAUUCACGCUGUGGCCAUCCUCCUGAUCAACCCGGAUCUGGACCAUCUGGAUGCCAGCCAGCGCGCGGAUAUGGCCUUCGUCCGGGGGUAUGCCAACCAGGUGAUCGCGCGUGCCCGGCAUGAAGGGCAGAUUUACUUCAAGUGGUCCUCGCACAACAUGGACUCCAUGCGGCCGCUGUCGGCCCUGACCUCGAAUGCCCCCUCAACCGGGGGCUUCCUCGGACCCCAACUUGGCUUGGGCAUUGCCGGGGUCGAGUCACUGACGGCCGAGGUGCCGCUGCUGCUGGAGCGCUCCACGCGCUUGUCUCAGCGACCGGUGGACACUUUCUGUCCGGACUUCCCGGCGAGCGAUCGUGCCCCCGGAUCGCCGAGUCCAGUCGAUGGCAGGGCUGGCGGCUGGUUUUCGGUCCCGCCGGCGGUCUGCUCUCCGGCCGCCGACACGCUCUCCCCCGGGUCCGGCUUCAAUGGAGCCCCGCGCCCGAAGGAACACAAGCACACGGUUUCCCUGUCGCAGGCGCGCCCUCUCGGUCGUCCGGAUGGCCGUUGGCUUGGUGUCUAUGCCGUCUCUGUGCCGAUCGAACUGGAUUGGACCGACGUCGACACCGCCUACCCAAAGCCCCUGUCGGUGCUGGUUGUGUCGCGGUAUGACGCCCUGGCCGCGGCGGCCAAUGGCGCCCCGGACCUCGGCGGCAUGGCCCCCUCCGGGGGGGCCGGAGCGGCACUGGUCGAUCCGCAUCGGCGUCUGCUCGCCGUCGACAUGAAUCAGCCCGGCCGGAGCAUGGCCGCCACCUCCUCCCCCGGCGGGACCAUGGGCUCGGUGUCGCCGGAGACCGCAUUGGCCUCGGUUCUGGGGCUGGAUGUCCGUCAAUCGAACCUCGAGCAGAGCAGCGUCCCCUGGCAGGUCCCUGGCGCCGGGCAGGCAUCUCGCCCGGGCGAGCCAGCCGAUGAAGGAUCCGACGAGUCGGUGUCCAUGAACACCACCUCCACCGCGCUGGUGUGGCCACUCAAUCUGGCAGCCAGCGUGGAUUUGCCAAGCCCGGGCCCGGAGCCGCUGCCGGUCGCCGGGGCCACCGGCUUCGCGGUCAGCAUUCUCCUGUCGGACAAUGUGAGUCCCCACCUGGCGGCCGAGCUUCGCUCGGAGCAGGCCGGCUGGCUGUGCACGGCGUCCGUGCGCCUUGGUGACCAAACCCUGCAGCUGGUGAACAACCAGUUCCUCAUGAGCUCGCACUUCCCCGAGCCCAUCCAUUUUGUGCCGGCGGAAACAAGCACCAGCUUGGCCUUCCGCGGGUCAGUGCCCAAUGCCCAGCUCCGGCACUAUGGCGAAGAGCUGGCAUCGGACAUCCGCCAACGCCCGGAGGGCCUGUGCCUGCGGUGCCUCUUCCGCCGGCGCCUCUCGCGCGAGGAAUUUGCCCCACUAACAGUCCACCUGCGGGUGCGGCGCCCUCCGACCGGUUGGCGCCCCGGGUCCGGGCCGCCCCCGGUGGAUCUUUUCACCGGCACCGACCGGCCAACCAUCAGCAUGGUCUUCCGCCUGCCGGCCGAGUGCGUACACCCAAAUACCCGAGGCGGGGUCGGACCGGCGCGUGUGACCUUUCAGUAGAUGGUAGACACAUCAAAUGGACCCUGCUCUGGCUGUGGUGUGC